UUGAAGACGCCUUGACGUGUCAGUGUGCCGUGACAGCAGAGAGAAGUUUCCCGAUUGUGAAAUGUCAGUGCAGUACUUUGAAAACACGCUAAGAAUAUUCCUUGAUUAGUGUUUGCGCUGGAGAAGCCAUGCAGCGUUUUGGCAGGUCGAAAUGCAGUGGAAAAGAAAUUUCUGCGGCCUCGCCUUUAGCUUCUUUUUCAUUGUGUCGUGUUUCACGAAUAAGUUUGUCCUGUCUGUAAUGAAAUUCACCUAUCCAACCUUAUUUCAAGGAUGGCAGACAUUUAUCGGGGCCCUCCUGCUCCUGCUUUCUGGCAAGCUGGGAUUGGUGGAAAUGAGCCGCAUCUCCAGAUCAUCUGCCUUUGCCUGGUUUCCAGGCUCCCUCCUGUUUGUGGGAAAUAUUUACGCAGGCUCCAGAGCUCUGUCACGUCUCGAGAUUCCUUUUUUCUUCACUCUGCAGAAUUCUUCUCAUGUCGUGAGUUAUGUCAUCUCGAAGGCUGUUCAUAGAGAGAAAAUUGAGUGGCUGAAAUUUAUCAGCGUAUGUCUCAUGCUAAUUUCAGCCAUCAACCUCCCCUCCUAUGACCCCCAGUUUGACUUCACCGGUUACAUGUGGGCCAUCGCUCAUCUAGUCUGUGUUGGGGCUUACAGGGUGUUUCAAGUUCACUACAAAUCCAGCAAUUUGAGCGACAUUGAGCAGCAAUGCGUGAACUACUUGUUCAGCGUUCUGCUUCUGGCAAUGGCCGCUCACCCAACAGGUGACCUCACAAGUGCCUUGGAGUUCCCUUCUCUUCAGUCCUCCUCCUUCCGCGGGGGCUGCUGUGCAAGUGCCUUGCUGGGCUUUUUGCUGCUUUUGGCCACAGUCAAACUCAAAAGUGGAUUAUCCCUUCAGCACUUUGCCGUGUGGAUUCUCAUGGCUAAGGUUACUGCCAUGAUCCUGUCAACUUUUAUUUUCUAUAUGGACAUGAACACACCAUCUAUGAUUUGUAUGGCAGUCAGCCACGUGAGCGAGGCCUUGUUGGUUUAUUUUGAGAGAGAAGCACAGUGAUGUCAGCACUUCUGGAUGGACCAAAAACCUGCACUUGUGAACAAAUGUUCUUCUCAUAUGCCUUAUUUUAAUAUUUGUAUUUUAUUGUUGCUGUGAUGAGCUAUGGACAGAAUAAAAUAUCUGUUUACGUAUUG